AAUUGUGAUAUUGACUUAAAAAUAAAUACUAAUAUUGGGGUUCUCAAACUUAAAAUAGAUCUUAUUAUCCACAAUGAAACUGUCAAGAUAAGAAUAGACGGAGUGAUUGAUUUAGGGCCCAAAUGGAAUAAAUAUAAUAUAGUAUCAGCAAAAGAAACUGCAGUAAAGAACUACAAGCCAAGAACUAAGCCGAAUAUCGAUAGUUUAGAAGUGAGAUCUCAUCACGUUAAAGAUAAAUAUGCUAAAACAACGUCGUAUACUAAAAGAGCAACAGUCAACGACUACGCGACUAGACAAAAGCCUCAUAAAGUGAAACAUGAUAAACGUUUAAAUGAUUUUACAUUGCAUAUUUAUAGGCAGACGUUAAAGGUGUUUGACGAAUUGCGGAAUGAAGUAAACGACGAUUUAAAACCGAAAGUAAAUUUUUUAUCGCAAAAUUAUGAUGAGAAGUUUAGGCAAUUUGUAAACGAAACUAGAAACCAUAAAAUACGAACCAAAUUAGGAACACAAAAAGUAAUUUUGAAUACAAUUGAAACUUCGAAUACAAUAUUAAAAAGACUCGUUAAUUUUUUAAUAGCUGACAUGGAAAAACAUGGCGUAUUGCGGUACAACACGGCAGCUACUAAUAUUAUGCAGAAUAAAGUAGACAACGAAAUUGAUUUGGAAUAUAAACAUGUUUGUAAAAAAUUUGGUAUUUGUCGUACGAACACCGGUUUCAGCGAUUUUGUGGCCGAUAUUUUAAAAAUAAUACUUACAUCAAGAGAUGAUCAGGUAAAAGUAGCUUCUGAUGCACUUACUGAAGUUGCAAAAGAAACUGACUUUAGCGAAGUCAUAACCGGUGUAGCUGCGCUGUUUUUUAAGACCGUGAUCGGUAUUUUAGAACGUAGCGAAGUUGAAAAUCUACGGUCUAUAUACUCCAUAGCUAUGAACACGUUGGCACAUAAAAAUAGACCGUUAAAAGUAGUGGACAUUACUGACGACAAACGCACAAUUACCAGGACAUUGUCGUUUUUAGAACUUAUAAAUACAUUUGACGCUGUUAUUCCAGCUAAUGAAGAAAAUAAAUUAGAAUGGUCUGAUAUUAAAAACGGUCUAGAACAAUGGCAAAACGAUGAAAGGGAAGACAUCUUGGAUAUAAUGCAAAGUUUCAUUGGACACAUAAAAAGUAAAGGUAUUGAUAAAUUAGAUGCGGAAGGUGUGCGGAAUGUUCGAGAAAGCUUUGCAAAAAUAUUAAUGUAAUAGUAGCGAAAUAUUAAAC